ACGGGAUUAAGAGAUGGGCUGCCCCGCCCACGUGCUGCCUCACCCACUGUAGGGUUUGGGCUGUAACCCGCUCUGCCAGGAGGAGUGGAGGCGAGGGCUGGGGGAGGAGGACACCCAGGUGGUAGGAAGGAUGCCGCAGCUGAGCCUCUCCUGGCUGGGACUCGACACAGCGGCAGCGUCCCCAUGGCUGCUCCUGCUGCUGGUCGGGGCCUCCUGGCUGCUGGCCCGCCUCCUGGCCUGGGCCUGCACCUUCUAUGACACCUGCAGCCGCCUCCGCUGUUUCCCGCAGCCCCCGAUGCGGAACUGGUUUUGCGGCCACCAGGGCCUGAUUCGGAGCUCAGAGGAAGGUCUCCUGUACACACAGGGCCUGUCGAGCACUUAUGGGGAUUUGUGUUGCUGGUGGGUGGGGCCCUGGUAUGCGGUCAUCCGCAUCGUCCACCCGGCCUGCAUCAAGCCUGUGCUGUUUGCCCCAGCCACCAUCGCACCCAAGGACAAGGUCUUCUAUGAUUUCCUGAGGCCCUGGCUGGGGGACGGGCUCCUGCUGAGUGGUGGGGACAAGUGGAGCAGACACCGCCGCCUGCUGACACCCGCCUUCCACUUCAACAUCCUGAAGCCUUACAUUAAGAUUUUCAAUGACAGCGUGAAUAUCAUGCACGCCAAGUGGAACCGCCUCAUCCAUGAGGGCAGCUCCCGUCUGGACAUGUUUGAGCACAUCAGCCUCAUGACCCUGGACAGUCUGCAGAAAUGCGUCUUCAGUUUUGACAGCAAUUGCCAGGAGAAGCCUAGUGAAUAUAUUGCCGCCAUUCUGGAGCUCAGCGCCCUUGUGUCAAAACGGAACCAACAGAUUCUCCUGCACACGGACUUCCUGUACUACCUCACCCCUGACGGACAGCGCUUCCGCAGGGCCUGCCGCCUGGUGCACAACUUCACAGACGCCGUCAUCCAGGAGCGGCGCCGCACCCUCCCCAGUGAGGGCGUUGAUGAGUUCCUCCAGGCCAAGGCUAAGGCCAAGACAUUGGACUUCAUUGAUGUGCUCCUGCUCUCCAAGGAUGAAGAUGGGAAGGAAUUGUCAGACCAGGACAUCCGAGCUGAAGCUGACACCUUUAUGUUUGAGGGCCAUGACACCACGGCCAGCGGCCUCUCCUGGGUCCUGUACAACCUUGCGAAGCACCCCGAGUACCAGGAGCGCUGCCGCCAGGAGGUGCAAGAGCUCCUGAGGGACCGUGAGCCUAAGGAGAUGGCAUGGGACGACCUGGCCCAGUUGCCCUUCCUGACCAUGUGCAUCAAGGAGAGUCUGCGCCUGCACCCCCCAGUCCCAGUCAUCUCCCGCCGCUGUACCCAGGACCUUGUGCUCCCACACGGUCGAGUCAUCCCCAAAGGUGUGACCUGCCUCGUCAGCGUUUUUGCAACCCACCACAACCCAUCCGUGUGGCCAGACCCCGAGGUCUAUGACCCCUCUCGCUUUGAGCCAGAAAACAUCAAGAAGAGGUCACCUCUGGCAUAUAUCCCCUUUUCUGCAGGGCCCAGGAACUGUAUCGGGCAGACGUUUGCCAUGGCCGAGAUGAAGGUGGCCCUGGCGCUCACGCUGCUGCGCUUCCGCGUCCUGCCUGAUGACCAGGAGCCGCGCAGGAAGCCAGAGCUGGUCCUGCGCGCGGGGGGUGGACUUUGGCUGCGGGUGGAGCCGCUGAGCGGGGGCGCGCCCUGACAACCUCCCCCUCCCGCACACUCCACCGACUGGCUUGGGUGGGUCAGUCUGCUGUACACACCCCAGUUUGCAGAUUCCCAGGAAUAAAAUUGUUGCUGUCGCCUCU